CUUUUUUAUAAUAAAACAUUGUAAAAUUUCCUUUCUUUCUUUUUCCUUUCCUUUCCUUUUAAUUUAAUUAGAAUGGCUAUCAUCUCGACCUUGGCUUCUUCACUUCCUCCUUUAUCUACGCUUGUUAUUUAUACUCUUUUAGCCUUCGGGUUAUCUAUCAUUUAUAAUAUUUUAAAUCAAUUGUAUGGAAAGAAGGAUCCGAAAGCACCUCCAGUUGUGUUUUCAUGGUUACCAUUCAUGGGAAAUGCUGUUGAAUUCGGAGUAAACCCUAUUCAAUUUUUACAAAACUGUCAAAAGAAAUAUGGUGACGUAUUUACAUUUUAUAUGGUGGGUAGACGUGUUACUGUACUUUUAGGUGCAGAUGGAAAUCAAUUUGUAUUUAAUUCAAAACAAAAUUUAUCUUCUGCCGCUGAAGCUUAUAAUCAUAUGACAAAGUAUGUAUUUGGUCCUGAAGUAGUUUAUGAUGCUCCUCAUAGUGUCUUUUUAGAGCAAAAAAGGUUUCUCAAGACGGGUUUAAAUUCAGAAUGUUUCCGUCAGCAUGUGCCAAUGAUUGUUGAAGAGGUCAAAGAGUUUUUCAAGGAUUUUAAAAAGCCCUCAGGGGUAUUUGAUGUCUAUGAAACAUUUGGUUCAUUAAUCAUCUGUACUGCAUCACGUUGCUUGAUGGGUAAAGAGAUUCGUGCGAAUCUAGACGGUAGUGUCGCUAAACUUUACUAUGACCUCGACCAGGGCUUUAAACCUAUCAAUUUCAUUUUCCCAAAUCUUCCUUUACCUUCUUAUCGUAAGCGUGAUAGAGCAUGUAAGAAGAUGGCAGAACUUUAUUCAAGCAUCAUUCAACGUAGGAAACAAGAGAACGAUCAUGGUAAUUCAGAUUUACUUCAAGCUUUAAUGGAUGCAACCUAUAAGGAUGGACAAUCUGUCCCUGAUCAUCAUAUCGCUGGUAUGAUGAUCGCUAUCCUAUUUGGUGGACAACAUACCUCAGCUACCACGACGGCUUGGGCCCUCUUGGAACUUGCAGCACGUCCUGAUCUCAUUCGUGCCUUACGUGAAGAACAGAUACAAAAAUUGGGUUCACUUCAAGCUGAACUUACAUUUGAAAACCUCAAGGAACUAACGUUAUUAGAGAAUUGUGUUCGAGAGACCUUACGUCUUCACCCCCCUAUCUUUCAAAUGAUGCGUAAGGUCGUUGCAGAUAAAGUGACGUUUGAAAAGACAGGUCAUGAUAUCCCUAAAGGUCAUUACCUCUGUGCCGUCCCAGGUGUCACUCAAAUUGAUCCUACCUACUAUCAUCAUCCACUCACUUUUAAUCCGAUGCGUUGGGUCGAUCAAGAUGAUCCUGUAUAUACAUUAGAGGCUGGCGAUGACGCUCAUAUGGACUAUGGCUUUGGCGUCGUCGGUGUCUCGUCUAAAAAUCCUUUCUUGCCCUUUGGCGCUGGACGUCAUCGUUGCAUUGGUGAACAGUUUGGUUAUUUACAAAUCAAGACCCUUAUUGCAACUAUGAUUCGUUUAUUUGAUUUUGAAUUGGAAGAAGGAAAGGGUGUCCCCAAGUCUGAUUACACUUCCAUGGUCGUUAUUCCUGAAAAGCAUAGUUAUAUUAAAUAUACUUGGAGAGAGUAAUGAUAAUAGUAAUAAUAAUAAAAAAAAAAAUUAUUUAUUUAAUAAUAAUAAUAAAAUGGACAUAUUCUUUUCCUUUUUUU